ACACACACACACACACACACACACACACACACACACACACACACACACAUCAACAAGAUGGUCUUCGCCGUGCUCCCCGCCCUCCUCCCGGACAUCCGGAAAGUCUACGACGCCUACUUCGCAGCCUUCCGGAACGACCGCAUGGGUGAGAUCAUGCUGCAGAUCCUCUUUCCCUCGGGCGUCGACUCGCCCAAGUUCCGGGCAGCGCACGCGGCGGGUACGGUGGACUGGCUGCGCAAGAGCACGACACAGUACACGUACAAGUGCGUCGACAUGGAUACGGGGGACAUCGUGGGCAUGGGCCUGCUCGACAUCUACAUGCCGCCCGGGCGGGCUGACGAGGAACGCAAGUUCGAGGGCGUGCCGUGGCUGGAGGGGGAGCAGCGGGAGAGGGCCGAGAAGGUGUUGCAGCCGCUGUGGGAGGCGCGCGAGAAGUUGUUUGGUGGGCAGCCGUAUAUUUACGUCCAUGUCAUUGGCGUGACUCCCGAACACCAGGGCAAGAAGGCGGGCGCCGUGAUGGUGUCGUUCGGCAUCGACCUGUGCGACCGCACGGGCCUGCCGCUGUACUUUGAGGCGUCGCCGACCACGGUUGGCAUGUACGAGAAGUUCGGCUACGAGAGGCUCCGGGAGACGGUCGUGCACAAGGCGGCGCUGCUGGGGACCGACUCGGACGUUUCGGUGCCGCUCAUGGUGCGGAUGCCCAAGGCCGCGGGCGGCAUGGGAUUUUACGAGUGGAAGGAAAAGGGGUACCCCAGCUUCAGCAAGCUUGGCGCUUCAGCCGGAAAGAGCUCGUCUCGGCUGCCAAGCUGGGCACAGCUGUCCAGGAUGGUGCUUGCUAAGGUUGGGCUGCAAAGGAAACGGCGAUAAUAAGGAUUUUAGGAGACAUAACUUAAGUCAUCCGGGCCAGUCAGUAAUGGCUAUUAAUCUUCCAACGAUCAUCUUUCCGUGCUUAUCCCAAUUGAAGUUAACGAACUGCGGACGUGAGUCACUGCAGCUGGGUGCC